GUGGAGAACAACCGCCCCGAGGGCACCUUCCAGGUGACCAUGCUGCCUGGGGAUGGGGUGGGCCCCGAGCUGAUGCAGGCUGUGAAGGAGGUCUUCAAGGCUGCCAGUGUGCCCGUGGUGUUUGAUGAGCAUCACCUGAGCGAGGUGCAGAACAUGGCAUCCGAGGAGAAGCUGGACCAGGUGGUUGACUCCAUGAAGGCGAGCAAGGUGGCCCUGAUCGGCAAGAUCCACACCCCCAUGGAGUACAAGGGAGAGCUGGCAUCCUAUGACAUGAGGCUCAGGCGCAAGCUGGACCUGUUUGCCAACGUGGUGCACGUGAAGAGCCUGCCAGGCUACAAGACCAGGCACAACAACCUGGACCUGGUGAUCAUCCGGGAGCAGACAGAGGGGGAGUACAGCUCCCUGGAGCACGAGAGUGCCAAGGGGGUGAUCGAGUGCCUGAAGAUCAUCACCCGCACCAAGUCCCAGCGCAUCGCCAAGUUCGCCUUCGACUUCGCCACCAAGAAGGGGCGCUCCAAGGUGACAGCCGUGCACAAGGCCAACAUCAUGAAGCUGGGCGACGGGCUGUUCCUGCAGUGCUGCAAGGAGGUGGCAGAGCUGUACCCCAAGAUCAAGUUUGACACCAUGAUCAUUGACAACUGCUGCAUGCAGCUGGUGCAGAACCCCUACCAGUUUGAUGUCCUGGUGAUGCCCAACCUGUAUGGGAACAUCAUUGACAACCUGGCAGCCGGGCUGGUGGGCGGCGCGGGCGUCGUGCCGGGCGAGAGCUACAGCGCCGAGUACGCCGUGUUCGAGAUGGUGAGGGGCUACACCCCCCCGCGGGCUGCUGAGCCCUGCCAGCCCCCCCGGCUGCUCGGGAGUGCCAAGGGGGUGAUCGAGUGCCUGAAGAUCAUCACCCGCACCAAGUCCCAGCGCAUCGCCAAGUUCGCCUUCGACUUCGCCACCAAGAAGGGGCGCUCCAAGGUGACAGCCGUGCACAAGGCCAACAUCAUGAAGCUGGGCGACGGGCUGUUCCUGCAGUGCUGCAAGGAGGUGGCAGAGCUGUACCCCAAGAUCAAGUUUGACACCAUGAUCAUUGACAACUGCUGCAUGCAGCUGGUGCAGAACCCCUACCAGUUUGAUGUCCUGGUGAUGCCCAACCUGUAUGGGAACAUCAUUGACAACCUGGCAGCCGGGCUGGUGGGCGGCGCGGGCGUCGUGCCGGGCGAGAGCUACAGCGCCGAGUACGCCGUGUUCGAGAUGGUGCGCACAGCCGACAUGGGGGGCUACGCCACGUCCCAGGAGUUCACCCAAGCCGUGAUCAACGCCCUGGAUGCCUAG